ACUGUUUUUAUUGAAGAAUUAUUUACUGGGAAAAAAUAUGAAAGGUAAAGGGAAAAGUAAAGGUGGAAUAAGAAUAAAAAUUGAACUGGAAGAUUCUUCUUCACUCACUGUUUCUGGUAACCCAUCUACGAGUACUCGAGAACCUUCAAAAUUUCCAACUGUUCUGCAGAAAAGAAACCUGAAUGUGAAUGACCUUAGAGAGGUCCAAUUUGAACUUGAAAGCCAACUUAUUAUUGCAUCGAAAAGAAAAAGGCAACUUGAAAAUAAGAUAUUCAGUUUGGAAACCUUGCAUUCAAAGAAGGACAAGCGUUCUAGAUCUGAUUCUACAGAAAAGAGAGGAUCAGAUGAAAGGCCACCAAAAAAAGCACGAGAAUCUUCAAGCAAAGCAUCUAGUCAGCAUAAAAGCAAAUUUAUCCCGCCAGCUUUGCCAGAUCCACAUCAAGAAACUCCAAAACCUCCAAAGAAUGAUGCUCCCAGUCGUUUUUGGUCAUUUAUAGAACCUUAUUGUGCUGAUAUAACACAAGAUAUUAUUAGAACUAUUGAAGAUUGGAUAAAUCCUCAAGAAAGUGAUGAAAAAUUCUACAAAAUCCCUGAAUUAGGGAAGCAUUUUAGUGAAAAAUGGGUUUUAGAUGAUUUAACAGAAGAAAUAAUUGAAGGUUCAAAAUCUGUUGAAAACCAUAAAGGAUUGUUUAAUGGUUCUGCUCAAGAUCUUGCAGAAAUAGAGAGAAUUAAAAAAUUAGGCGAAGAUGAAUGUUCUUUAAGACUUGGAAAUGCCACAAUUCUCGAUAGGCUGGUCCAUUCUCUUGUUGAAGAAAAUUUGAUGACUGAGUUGGAUGAUACAAUGAAUGAUGCCUGUGAUGAUGAUAUAAUCCAAAAAUCAAAACCAUCUACUGUACAAACACCUUCUUCGCCCAGCAAUGAAAAUCUUGAAAAGCGAUUACAUGCAAAAUUUAUUGAAUCAGGUUUAUUAGAACCCGAAGAGGAAGAAACGGAGGUUUGUGAUGAUGAAGUUUCUCAAGAACUCAAAAAACUCCAAGGUGCUUUAAUACCUGUCCAUGAAUAUAAUAUUAUUCAGAAGAAAAAGCUUCUUGCUUUAGCUAAAGCUGAAAUGGCUAAACAGGAAAUUAAGAAAAAAUUGCAAGAGUUAGAUGCAAAGGUUAUGGAGACAUAUCGUACAGUAGCUAAUGCUAAAAGAACUAAAACCAUGAAUAAAAAAUUGGAAGACCAAAUUAAAAGAAUUCUAAGAGAAAGACGGAAAUUAAUUGAAAGGCUUUCCAAUAUGAAAUGAUUUAUAUAUUAUUUCAUCAAAAUAAAUAUUUUUGUAUAUUUCCAUCUAUCUGUUUUUAAAUUUUAUAUUUGUAAAUUCUUUUUGUA